AUGCUUCAGUCUGCGAAUAUUCAUGCCCUUGCUUUGUCCAAAAUAGUUAAGCCGGACAAAAAACCGGUCACCCCACUAGAAGAAGAAAUUGCUCAAGCCAUCAUUGACUUGCAGAUUCACGAUGAUUGGUCCGACACAAUGAAGCUCUUGUACUUUUGUGAAGCAAAAGAAAUGACCAUAGGUAAAGAAAAAGCAGUCGUUAUAUAUGUACCUGUUCCACAACUUCGAACAUAUCAAGUCAUACAUAACAGAUUGGUAGGGGAGCUCGAGAAAAAGCUUCGAGGUCCUCAUGUUGUACUCUUAGCUUUUCGAAGGAUCAUAGCAAAGCCGAAAAGAAACUGCAAAUUUAAUCCGAAACAAAAGCGUCCUAGAAGUAGGACCCUAACAGCUGUGCAUGAAGCUAUAUUAAAAGAUCUUGUCUAUCCAGCUGAAAUUGUUGGUAAACGCAUUCAAGUCAGAUGUGAUGGGAGUACGUUAAUCAAGUGUCACUUGGAUGUCGCGCAGAGAAACUACAUAGAACAUAAGCUCAAAACCAUCACAGGUUUAUACAAAAAGUUGACUGGGAAAGAUGUCCAGAUUGAGUUUCCGGAUUGGGUAUUGUAA